GAACUAAAAUUAAAUUGUUUGAUUUGUAGCACUCUUUUGGAGGUUUUAAGUUGUUUCGAUUUCAAUCAAACUCAAUAACUGCUGACCACCAUUAAUGGCGGUUUCUACUCAACACGUAACAACCUCCACCCUUGAACCAUGGCGAGAUCUCACCGGCACCAUCGUCAUGGUCACCGGCGCAUCCUCCGGUAUCGGCUGGGAAUUCUGCAUCGAUUUAGCCAAAUCCGGUUGCAGAAUCAUCGCCGCCGCUCGUCGAGUCGACCGCCUCAAGGCUCUGUGCGAUGAAAUCAACAGAUUACGUGUUUCCGAUACUCAUUCAAACCGAACUCAAACCAUAAACGACGACGUAUUAGCCGUUGCAGUGGAGCUUGACGUCAGCGCCGACGCUCCGACUAUUCAAGCUUCCGUGAUAAAAGCUUGGGACGCUUUUGGCCGUAUUGAUGCUUUGAUUAACAACGCCGGUAUUAGAGGUCCUGUACAAAAUCCACUGAAAUUGUCAGAAGAAGAUUGGGAUAAAACAUUCGGAACAAAUAUAAAAGGAUCAUGGUUGGUGUCAAAGUAUGUUGGAUUGAAAAUGCUAGAGUUUAAUCAAGGAGGAUCAAUAAUCAAUAUUUCUUCGACUGCUGGUCUUAAUCGCGGUCAUCUACCUGGAGCUCUUGCAUAUGCUUCUUCAAAAUCAGCUUUGAAUACCAUGACAAAGGUAAUGGCAAUGGAACUUGGAAGACACAAAAUUAGGGUGAAUUCAAUAAGUCCCGGGAUUUUCAAAUCUGAAAUUACAGAGGAACUUCUGCAAAAGAAAUGGUUCAAAAACGUGGUUUCAAAAACUAUGCCGUUGAAAGAGUUGGGUGUUACGGACCCGGGGUUGACUUCAUUGGUCAAAUACCUAAUUCAUGGUUCAUCAGAUUAUGUUACAGGUAACAUAUUUAUUGUGGAUUCAGGGUACACUUUGCCAGGUGUGCCAAUUUAUUCAUCACUUUGAACUUACUAGUGGUCUAAAGUCUAGGGUCAAGUUAUUCUACAAAGGCUUCUAAUUGUAAGAAGUGUAAGAAGGAUUUAUAGA